AUGCAUCUGAACGGAUACCAAGGCGCACCGCCCGCGCUUCCCGCGUCGGCGGAGUCGAGCGAGUCGAGCACGGAGCUGCACACGUGGAUUAACGAGGUCGGCGUGGUGUGGAUGACGCCUGACGGCGCGAACCACACGCUGCGCAUGGUGGCGCGCAAGGGGAAGAAGCAGCUGGUGGUUACCAAAGUCGCGGAGGCGAAAGAGGGGCCGUUCGACGUGGAUCAGUUUCGGGUGCGCGUGGCGGGGCUGGCGGAACUGGACGUGCGCGUGCGCGUGGCGCAUCCGCUGCUGCAGACGCCGACCGAGGCGGAGACGCACUUCAACGUGGAGCUCUCCGACGUGGCGAUGACGUCAGCCGUGCACGGCGUGCUGGGGCAGACUUUUAGGACCUCGCCGGAGCAGCUGCAGCGCGCGGUGAAGUACUCGCACUUGGCGGCGCUGCUGCAGCACCCCGUGGACGUGGAUAAGGCGGAGGGCAAGGGGUUCCUGGACGGCGACGUGGAGGACUACAUCUCGUCGUCCGUCGUCGCGCCCGACUGCAAAUACGCCAGCUACGGCUACGGCUCUUCGUAA